AUGGAGAAGGUGGAGGUGAUGGAGAAGGUGGAGGCUGUCGCGCAGGAUGGACCAAAGUCGACCAACAUCACCUACCACCCGCCGUUGGUGACGCGGGCUGAGCGCGAAGCCAGCGCGGGCCACCGCGGCUGCACGGUGUGGCUCACCGGCCUCUCGGCCAGCGGCAAGUCCACCAUCGCCACCGCCCUCGAGCGACAGCUCGUCACCUCUCGUGCCUCAUCUUCGACCGGCGCCAUCGCCUACCGCCUUGAUGGAGACAACUUCCGUGCUGGAUUGAAUCGCGAUUUGGGAUUUUCGCCUGCUGAUCGCGAUGAGAACAUCAGGCGGGUGGCCGAGGUGGCCAAGCUGAUGGCCGAUGCCAACGUUGUGGCUGUGACGGCCUUCAUCUCACCCUACCGCGCUGGCAGAGAUGCCGCACGGACCCUGCACGAAAAGGAUGGUCUCAUCUUCGUCGAGGUCUACGUCGAUGUCGAGCUGGCCGAGGCCGAGCGGCGCGACCCCAAGGGCCUCUACAAGAUGGCCCGCGAGGGCAAGAUCAAGGACUUCACGGGCGUGUCGCCCGACGCGCCCUACGAGCCGCCCCUGCAGCCCGAGAUCCAUCUGCGCACCGCCGACAAGGGCCUCGACGCCUGCGUGGCGGAGAUCGUGGACUACCUCAAGGCCCGUGGCGUGCUGCACGCAUGA